AUGGAUGCCACAACGAGCAGAACCCCAACCAUUCAGUACCAUAACAUUGUUGACGAACCGAUUGCUGCUCUUGUCACCUCCGCUGUACCUACAUUUCAACGACAACAACGACAUUGCUUUGGGGAUGCAAGUCCUGGGGAAUUUCCAUUGUCUGCCAACCCCUCUAUCGUUCUUCAUGUCCUUACUGCUUGUAAUUUGGAUCCUCGAGAUCUCGCGAAACUAGAGGCAACAUGUUCCUUCUUUAGGCAGCCUGCAAACUUUGCCCCUGAUUAUGAGCUGUCUUUAUCAGAGCUCGCGGCUCUGGAUAUGUGCCAAAAAAGGGCAAUAUUUAAGCCCAUGACGGAAGGAGAACGCCAAGAUUUGAAACAAAGAUGUGGGCGCUCCUGGAAACUGGUCCUGAGGUUUUUGCUGGCUGGAGAAGCAUGUUCUAGGAGGGAGAAGUCACAAGCAAUAGCAGGGCCAGGUCACAGCAUUGCUGUGACCUCAAAGGGUGCUGUUUACUCAUUUGGGUCUAACAGCUCAGGACAGCUGGGACAUGGCACAACAGAAGAGAAUUGGCGGCCUUGCCAAAUCAGAUCUCUGCAUGGCAUUCGUAUUAUCCAAGCAGCUGCUGGGGCUGGCCGGACAAUGCUGAUUAGUGAUGCUGGACAGGUCUAUGCCUUUGGAAAGGACUCAUUUGGGGAAGCUGAGUUUGGUGUUCAGGGAAGUGGACUGGUAACUAGCCCACAACUGGUCGAAUCUUUGAAAAACAUAUUUGUGGUGCAAGCUGCAAUUGGAAAUUUCUUUACAGCCAUAUUAUCAAGGGAAGGUAGGGUUUACACAUUUUCUUGGGGGAAUGAAAGCAAACUUGGUCACCAAACAGAUCCAAAUGAUUUGGAGCCGCAUCCUUUGUUGGGAGCGCUAGAGAAUACUCACGUGGUACAAAUUGCAGCUGGAUACUGCUACCUUCUUGCUUUGGCUAGUCGACCUAGUGGCAUGUCAGUAUACUCUGUUGGGUGUGGCUUGGGUGGGAAGCUUGGACACGGUGCAAGAACUGAUGAGAAGUACCCAAGGUUAAUUGAACAGUUUCAGACUUUGAAUCUUCAGCCUGUUGUGGUUGCAGCUGGUGCUUGGCAUGCUGCCGUGGUUGGGCAGGAUGGAAGGGUUUGCACUUGGGGUUGGGGCCGUUAUGGGUGCUUGGGCCAUGGUAAUGAAGAUUGUGAAUCAGUUCCUAAGGUAGUUGAAGCGUUGGGCACAGUAAAAGCUGUCCAUGUCUCUACUGGGGAUUAUACGACCUUUGUAGUUUCUGAUGAUGGUGACGUAUACUCGUUUGGGUGUGGUGAAUCAUCUAGUCUUGGACAUAAUACUGCAGCUGCUGAUGCACAGGUCUGCCUUUCUCCUUCUUAA